CUUAAACACCCUUUCUGUCACAAUUCACAAACUAGCAAUGAUGUUCUCAAAACUUCAGAGGCAGCUACCAACUAUACACAUUGAUGAGAGUGUUAAAAUGGAGAAUGCUUGGGUGGAAGCACUCAGCCUUGAUAGCAGAGAUUUCAAUGCCAAUUUUAUACAUUGUAUUGCAGGUUAUAUUUUCAUCUUCAAAAAGAUAGUAUUGAAAUGUUUGAGCAACGAAGGUCUACACUCAACAGCAAUCUAUCUAUUAAGCACGCUAUCGACCUUUUCAUGGGAAGCCAAGCUUACAACAAUGCUUGCUUCUUUAGCCAUCAUCCAUGGAGAAUUUAGCGUGAAAGGAUUGGCACAUCAAAUCAAUCUUACGUACAUCUCAUCAAAUGUAUUGUUGAUCGCAACUAGCAACCAUAGUAUAACUCUGCGCUACAACAUUCAACAUUACCUAUUACAAACUACUGGAUUGCAAGAAGUGUUAUGUUCUUGCUUAUGCAACACAUUUUGCCCACCUUCUUAUAAUAUAAUGGGAAUCAAGUCCCAAAAUCAGCUAAAGGAACAACCCAGUUUAGCUGCGAAAGUCAAAGACAUAUAUAUAUAAUCACUGCUUGCAACCCACUACUAGUGAAUGGAUGAUUGAACUCCAGAGAAGACACAUUACAUUACGGCAAACUAUACCAUGCAUUAUAGACCAUGGUCAAAAAAUAACGUUUAAAUUUUGUACAUGUAGUUAACACAUUUUGUACGUGUAGUUGAAAGUUUUUGUACAGGUAGCUAUCAUAUUAUGUGUCAGCAAUUAUCAAGUACAUAACUUUUGUAUUAGGGUUGCAAUAUGAACCAUAGUCCUGGUAUAAUAAUUGUUACAUUACUUUAAAAUUUCUGAUGAAUGACUCAUAUAUGACCAAAAAAUCAUGGAAGUGUUGGAGAAAAACAAAUUCUCUCAUUAUUUGCUAGAUAUUUAGUCCGAAUGUUUUAAGGAGUUAUUUGUA